CUGGUUUAUGCCCGUUCAUAACGAUUUUAUUAGCAAAACAAGUAAGAAGGUGUAAAAUCAUACGAUCUCUCUAAAAUAUAGUGGAUAUCUAAAUUUAACCUCAAACCCCUGAAUUCAGUAGAAAAUAUGAUACCGAAUUGCAAGCGAACAGUAGGUUUCCUGGGCAAGGUGCAAUCGAUAGUUCUCCCGUACCUAAAACACCUAACUAAACUACCAACCUUUAACCUAAACGAAUUGAAAGAAUCAGUUAGGCCGUUGCUUCGGAUAGAUGUAAGAUGGCAACGACGGGCCACGAGAAAGAGUAGCAGCAGCCUUCUUCCUCCCCAGCAUAGGCAGCUUGAUCUGGCUGUAGUAAACAACAAUCAAAAGCAACAGAAGCAACAGGAACACAAAAACAGGGGAAUGAAUCUCCAAGUGUCCAGGACAGAUCUCCAGGGCCGAAUGUAAUCUGUUCGUCGCGAAGACACAGCAAGUCCUGUAUGAGCGACACCAUAUAAGGCAGGCUGAAACAGUACUGGCUACCAUACUUCUUGUUCCCGAACUUGCUGCUCAACUCGGUCGACAACUGUUGGGAAGAACAUAGCUUCCCGGCUGUCUCCCAAAUCUUGGAAACGGAAGGGAUCAGAAUCAGCAACCCCUAACAACUGUUUCCAUCCUCAAGUUUUAGAGAUAUUUCCACCUUGGCAAGGUAAAGAUUGCAUAUCCCAAAUCAUUAAUGAGGUAAGUUAGAAAGGCAACAAGGUGAAGUUACCUGGCAGGUAUGGAUAUGACUGAAUGCUGUGACUACGCAAGAUCAAGCA